AUGGCAAACCAUGGACGCCGUAUGACGGCUCACGCACAAUCGCCUCUGGCGCUAGCCAAAAGCUCUCUCUCCAAGCUGGCAAAGAGGUUCCACAGCGGCCCGGGUGACAAGUUCCGCGUGAAGAUCCUCAAACGCGAACUUGUUCAAUUAUCAGAUCCAGCGAGAAAGCUGGAGCCCCGAGACGAAAUAUCCCUGCUCACCAUCCAUCCCAAGAACGGCAGUGCCCCCCUUGUGGUCGCAACCGAAGAUCCUCUGGCGGUUGAGCCUGCCGGGGAUGCGCCAAAGGGACCACACAAGCUCCCGAUCAUGGUGGUGAGGCGGAUAGGGGAGGAGUGCGCCUCCAUUUGCGAUGAGAAUGAGUCAAAGAAGACAUCGCCCAACUUGAACCAGUUCGAGAACUGCCUCGCCCUUGCGAUAACUUACAUACUGUCUUUAAUCCUCCCAUUGACAGAAAAAAGCCAGCCAGCUGUGCAGAAGGUUGUAGCGAACAACAUCCAGCACCUCGACUUCUCUGAACUCUCCAGUCAGCCUCCACCACACCAGUACCCAUUGUCGCCGUUUGGGGGUGACCCCUUCUAUCUGCCUGACGGCAGCAAUGGGUGCGGAGGAGGAUCUGACGAGCUGCCCGGAGGGUUGUCCGGGGGCUGUGGAAGCAACUAUCCGGACGACGACGACAGCAGCCACGGAGCCGGCCAAGGCAGCAAUGGCGAAGGCGGCGACGGGAGCCAGGGCAAAGGGAAGGGCGCAGACACGAACAGCCCUCAAUUCGCCUGCCCCUUCUUUCGGCAUGACCCGUUCCUAUAUGAGAAGUGUCUCAAGUUUAAGCUGAGUCGGUACAGCGACGUCAAGCAGCACAUCAAGCGAUACCACGUGGUCGACUCGUACUACUGCCAUUCGUGUAUGCAGCAAUGGAAGACACACUGCCCAGAGUAUGAGGCUCACAUGGCCGCGGACUGCAUCAAGGCACCGACCCACAGGUACCUGGAUAAAGAAGAGGUUGAAACCAUCAUCGGGAGGUCCAGGGCUAGAGGGCGAACCGGGAUGGACAAUUGGAGGGAGAUGUGGCACCGAUUGUUCCCCGAAGACGACAAGCCCGUCUCUCCAUUCCUAGACACGUACUUUGUGGAGAUGACCAAUGCCUGCCGAGACAGGAACCGCCUGAAGGUUGAGGAGAAGUUGAAGUCCUGGAUAGCAGCCGGGGGGGAACCGACCCCAGAGAGAAUGCGUGAGAUGGUCACCGAGAUCCAGGACUUGUGCUUGAACACGGCCCCAGUUGAGGCCCGACCCUCUCGAGUGCCGAACCACGUGUAUGCCAAGUCAGCCGGAUCUCUUUCGAUCCAGGUCCAGGAAUCACGCCCAAGAAACCAUUCGGAUCCUGGGCCAUCCUCGCUCGCGGUGCCCUGUGAGAAUCACGCUCCAGAGACGGCACCCUUAAUGUAUUCACAGGGUAGCAACGAGCAAUAUCUCUCAGUGCCACCUAGAGAAUAUCGCCCUUCUCGUAACAGCAUGAGCGCACUGCCCUUUCACACCCAAUCCCUGGCCACUCAAGAGCAGCCUUUCCUGGGCCCAAGGAGCAGCUCGUUCAGUGGAGGCUUCGCAACGACAGACUUUUCAGCAACACAGAGCGACAUGUUUAAUGCUGCCAAUGGCCUCCAAUACAACGAGGCGGCGGACUCCAGCUUACUACAUGUACUGGAGCAAUACCCCACGAUGGCGAGUCCAUGGGACAUAGAGGAUGGUGGCCUUGGCGCCGCGCAGGUAAUGGACAGUGUCGCGGGUCGCGUCCAACUGGACUUCGAGUCGCCGUAUCUGCAAGACAUACCGCCGCACAUUGGCCCCCAAGACCUUCUGGCAGCAGACCCGGGGAUUAUCAACACAUCUGAGCUUGGCAGCAUCAGUACGGGGAAUACGCCACACCUAAUAGAUGUGCCGUCGCCGUCAUCGUCGGCAAGGAGCAUACAGGUCGCGCAGCCGAAGCGAAAGGCCUCCAAGUCUGAUGCAAAGCAGCCCACGGCCAAGCGUGGUCCGACCCGAUACUCGGGCUAG